AUGAUGGGCCCAUCGACCCAGGAGCUGCAAGCAGCUCUCACCGAUACCUCAAAGGCAUGCCACCAUCUCUGGGAAGAGAAUAAAGAUCUCCAAGGCCGAUUCGUCAACGAACUCGGUGAACUUCAAAGACUGCAAGUGGCUAUUCAACAGCUCGAGCAGAAUCAGAGAGCCGAACAAGCGUUCGCCGCGAAGCAGUCAAUGGCAGAGAUGCAGAAACGAGCGACCACUUUGUACGAGUUAUUGGGUCAGAAGAGAAGUGAAAUCGUCCAAAAACUGCAUGACGGCACUAAUAUUGCCACUGGGCUCCAAACCCAACUGAUCACCGAUAAGCUAUUCAACUGGAAGAAUGCCCAGAAGCUCGCCCAAAUCGGUGUCCCAUUCGAUGAGCGUGAUUCGUUUUUGGAUGAGAUCCAGAUGGAAUUCGAGUUCCUCGCAGAGCACAACUGGCAGUUGAACAUGUUCGCUUGUUGGAUGUGUGACUUGCUCCGUCGUGCUCCACAGCUCAAUGACGGUUUGGCACAGUCGACCAUCGAAAAGUUGACUGUGAUCAGUGAGCAGAUGAACAAGUUGUUGUUCAUGUUGGUAUCACAAAGCUUCAUUGUGUCGGUUCAACCGGAGCCCGUGUUGAAGACUCAACACAAGUUUGUUACGGAGGUACGUCUCCUGAUUGGUGACAAACUUGGAAUUCGUCAACAACUCAGUAACACAAAUGUCUCUGUCAAAAUCAUUGCAGAGGAUGAAGCCAAGCAAAUGAGUGCCGACUAUGAUUCACAUAAAGAGAUCCGCAACAACAAGACCGUCGGCACCAUCUCCAACGACUUCGAGAAGCUAACAAUGGACGAGAGAGGUCACCUCGCAGCCAAGUUCAACAACUCCAAGCUCACCCGCAUCGCCCAUAGAAAACCACCACCAAAAGGAGCGUCCGAUAUGAAAUGUGCAGCCAAUAUGCAAGCGGCGACCGAUCAGAAAUACGCGUUGCUCUUCUAUAUCACUCCAUUUCAAAUGGGCAAUUUGAGCAAGGCGAGUGGAGUGAGAAUGGAGGAGCAAUUCGACGUGUGGACUCUCUCCCUUCCAAUUAUGGUUACCGUUCAUGGCUCCCAAGAUUGUGACGCCCAAGUGGCGAUUCUCUGGCAUCGUGCCUUCGCCUCAAUCAGUAGAAACCCGAACGCCACUGAUGUCACCGCUGUCACAUGGGACAAUCUUGCUCUGAUGCUCCGUAACAAGUUCCAGCUAUUCACUGGCGCCCGUCGCCCUCUUUCCGAGUCAGACCUCGCGUAUCUCAGCGAGAAAAUGUUGAUGCCAAAUGUAGCCGAUCAAAAGCCAAUUACUUUCCAUCGAUUCGCCAAACAAGCGAUGCGUGACGAGCUCGCGUUCUCCUUCUGGGAAUGGUUUUUCUCAAUUAUGCAGUUGAUUAAGCAGAAACUUUUGAAGUACUGGGAUGAGGGAUGGUGUAUUGGAUUCAUUUCGAAGCACGACGCUUCUCAAAGCAUGAUGAUGUCUCCACACUCUUCAUUCCUUCUGAGAUUCUCCGACACCCAGACUGGAGCGGUUUCCAUUGGAUUCGUUUGUGAUGAGGAGGGACAGAAAGUUCCGUUCCACUUGGCACCAUUGACCAUCAAGGAUUUGGAUCAACUCUCUUUGGCUAGCAGAAUUGCGUCAUGCCCACAGCUUAGGGAUAUCAGAUACAUGUAUCCCCACAUCGACAAGGAAGAAAUGCUCCGCUACUUCGAGUCAGAGGAACGUCAUCGUGUUGGUGGCCCUGAUAGUCCGGGAGGCUACAUCCAGAGUGAAAUUGUGAUGGUUGCCAAGACUAACGGGAAUUUCAGAAGAAUGUCGAAUGCUCCGUCGAUGUUCGGUGCAGACUCUCCAUAA